AUUCGAUUUCCGGUUUUCAGUUAAAAAAAAUUGAGAUAUGAUUUUCGGUCAGAGAAUUUACAAGUGUAAAAACCCCAUUUACCAAAUCAAAUCAGGCGUGGUUGGUGAGGCCUCCAAAUUUAUAUAAUGACCGCCCAAAUUUCAGAUUAUCAAUUAAACCCCCACCACUAUCGCCGCCGUGAUUCACCACUCUCCUCCGCCCUCGCAUCAAGCAUUUUAUCCUUUUUUCCAAUUUUGUCCUCCCUUAAAUAAAUCACCAUGAAGAUCGACGUUAAGGCCUCGACCAUGGUCCGACCGGCGGCGGCGACGCCGUCCGGCGGCCUGUGGAACUCGAACGUCGACCUGGUGGUCCCCAACUUCCACACGCCCAGCGUCUACUUCUACCUCCCCACCGGCGCGGAGGACUUCUUCAACGCCGCCGUGCUCAAGGCGGCGCUCGGCCGCGCCCUGGUGCCGUUCUACCCCAUGGCCGGGAGGCUGAGGCGGGAUGAGGACGGCCGGAUCGAGAUCGACUGCAACGCCGAGGGCGUGCUGUUUGUGGAGGCCGAGUCCGACGGCGCCGUGGCGGAUUACGGCGACUUCGCGCCGACUUUGGAGCUCCGGCGGCUGAUCCCGGCGGUGGACUACUCGCAGGGGAUCUCGGCGUAUCCGCUGCUCGUGUUGCAGGUCACAUACUUCAAAUGCGGCGGUGUCUCAUUGGGCGUCGGGAUGCAACACCAUGCGGCGGACGGCUUCUCGGGCCUCCACUUCAUCAACUCGUGGGCCGACAUGGCCCGCGGGCUGGAUCUCACCGUCCCCCCCUUCAUCGACCGGACCCUCCUCCGGGCCCGCGACCCGCCCCAACCCCAGUUCAAGCAUGUCGAGUACCAGCCACCGCCCACCAUGAAAACCCUGACAGAAAAUGCCGAAAAUGCCCCUCCUCCCGAGACCCGCGUCUCCAUAUUCAAACUGACGCGCGAGCAGCUCGCGACCCUCAAGUCCAAGUCGAAGGAGGACGGCAACACGGUCGCGUACAGCUCCUACGAGAUGCUGGCCGGCCACGUGUGGCGCUCGGCCUGCGGGGCCCGCGGCUUGCCCCCCGACCAGGAGACGAAGCUCUACAUCGCGACCGAUGGGCGGACCCGGCUCCAGCCGCCCCUGCCCAGGGGGUACUUCGGAAACGUGAUAUUUACGGCCACACCCCUGGCCGCGUCGGGGGAGCUGGAGUCGAGGCCCGUAUGGCACGCGGCGAGCAAGAUCCACGACGCCCUGGCCCGCAUGGAUGACCAGUACCUGAGGUCGGCGCUCGACUACCUGGAGCUACAGCCGGACCUCCGGGCGCUCGUGCGCGGGGCCCACACCUUCCGGUGCCCCAACCUCGGGAUCACGAGCUGGGUCAGGCUACCGAUCCACGACGCGGACUUUGGAUGGGGCCGACCCAUCUUCAUGGGGCCGGGCGGGAUCGCAUACGAGGGCUUGAGCUUCGUGCUGCCGAGCCCGACGAACGACGGGAGCCUGUCGGUGGCGAUUUCUCUGCAGACGGAGCAUAUGAAGGUUUUCGAGAAGUUGCUUUAUGACAUUUGAUUUGUUGCCUUUUUUUCCCUUUUCUUUCUCAGUUUAAUUUAAUUGGAGCCUGUAAACUAUUUGGACGUGUUGGAAAUUGGUGUUGGUUUUCGUUUUCUUUUUGUUUCUAUUGAGUCAAUUGCAUAACCACACUAAUGUUCAUAAGUGGCUUGAAAUUAAGCUGCCUUGCUGAUUGGAUAUGCUAAUUGUUGUUCUGUAAAGGUUGUUAUGGUGCAAAUUUUUUGCAUCACCCUCUUAAUGCAGUCAGUUAUGACUGCUACAUCUUUUGCGAUCAGCAAGUAAA